GCAGACAGUGACCUGCUUAACAAGCUAGAAGAUCUGCUGAAAGGCAGAAACAGCCUCAGUGCUAUGGCACUGAUACUCAUUCCAUAUAAAUGCUUGAGCCUUGGAUGUCAAGAACUGACCAAUCUGUCAAUCCUGCUGUGAUAUUUCAGAAUGAGGACCCAAGGGCACACCAAACGCCCCACAGUUAAACUAUUUUCAGUUACACAAGAGGUGAAGAGACACAGCUAUUUCAGGAAGCUCUCACAUUUGCUUAGAUGGCCUCUGUGGUGGACUAACUUAAGAGUUAGGAGUAUACAUUUGAGACUGAAAUUAUAAAACACUUCCAUGAAGAAAUCACUCUUGGAUAAAAUAGUUACCCAGACAGCUCGGCGCUCAGAAGGAAUUUCAACAUCCCACAGUAGUAUGACAUCACUUCUCUUCCAAGCUUCCUGCUCAGAUCCGUGAUCCACACUGUUCUUUACAAAGCACAAACACAUCUCUGCACCGUCCUUGGAACAUCACUUCUCAUGGCAGUUUCUAGGAUCACUCGAUGGAGGUUGAUGUCCGUGUUCUUUGGAAUAAAAUGUCUUUUCUUGAUAGUUGCUUUGGGAGUUUUGGUGAAAAAUUCAUUUACUAUACAGAACAUUCAAUCGACACCUUCUCCAACCCCGAUAGUAGAAUUCCAGAAAGUUUCUAAAUGCUGUGCUUGCCUGGAAAAGUGGAUUGGGCAUCAAUGCAGUUGUUACUUUAUUUCCAAAGAAGCAAAGUCCUGGAAAGGAAGCAGAGAGUUUUGUGCUUCUCAGAAUUCCAGUCUUCUUCAGCUCCAAACCAGAAAUGAAUUGAGUUUUAUGAGCUCCAGUCAAACCUUUUUCUGGAUUGGAAUCCACUAUAAUGAAGAAAGAAGUGCCUGGCUAUGGGAGGAUGGCACAUUUCCCUCAAAAGAUUUAUUUCCAGAGUUCUCAAAGUUCAGGCAAGACCACUGCAUUGCUUAUAGUCUAAGCAGAGAAAUUUCUUCUGAAUCCUGUGAAAAUAAAAACCGUUUUAUCUGUAAGCAACUGCCUACUUAAAUGUUUCUUAAGGCAAAAGAUAUGAACAAGAAAGGUCCAGGGUUACUAAAAAUAGUAACAGCUCUCAGUGUUACUACGUUUUUAUCUUGCAUCUGCAGGAAUUUUGUUCACUAACAUAUCAUUUUCAUACAUUUGAACCUAAGUAAUUUAUGCUUGAUUACUUUUUCACACUUGUUUAUAAAAUUCAGAUGAAUAAAAAUAGAGAUUUUAUAAAUAUUUUGAUUUAGGAAAUAUAAUUUUAUUCACAUAUUUCUGUAAAGUUUUCUUGGAAACAUUAAAUAAAAUUUAUUCCAAACCAAGUCA